AAAUACCUCUCUUCUGUUACCUUUGCUCUUAUAUUUUUUUCUGUUUUUUUUUUUCAAUUUUUUUUUUAAUUACUUUGAUAUAGAAGUUGAAAUUUAAUAAUCCAUCUAAAAUUCUGCAAGAGAAUGAAACACUUCUGCAGUUCUGCUUUGUGAUGUAGGCUGUUUGGGAUAAAUGCUUCUGCCGUUUGCCUGCUUUAAUGUAACCUGCAGUCAGGCAUUAUAUAUGAUAUCUGUGAGUAAAUUAAACAUACUCACCCAUGACAUUGGGAUAGUUUGGUGUGGCAGGAGACGGAUGUUGAGAAACUGCAGCAAAGGGAUUAUUCAAAUCUUAAGGAUGCUAGUCUUUUGCGCUUUUUUGUUGACAUGCGAGGUGCUGAUGUUGAUGACCGCCAGCUUAGGGAUGACCUGAUGACAAUGCUAAUCGCUGGACAUGAAACUACAGCUGCUGUUCUUACUUGGUCUAUUUUCCUUCUUUCUCAGAAUCCUUCCAAAAUGAAGAAGGCUCAAGCUGAAAUAGAUGCAGUAUUAGGCAAGGGAAGAGUAACCUUUGACUCACUUAAAAAAUUGGUGUACAUUAGACUUAUUGUCGUAGAAUCUCUUCGGUUGUAUCCUCAACCUCCUUUGCUCAUCAGACGAUCUCUCAAACCAGAUACAUUACCAGGAGGCUACAAGGGUCAAAAAGAUGGAUACAAGAUUCCCACUGGGACUGAUAUCUUUAUUUCUGUAUAUAAUCUUCAUAGAUCUCCAUAUUUCUGGGAUAAACCUGAUGAAUUUGAACCAGAGAUUUUUAGUCCAGAGAAAAAGUGAAGAUAUAGAAGGAUGGAAUGGCUUUGAUCCAUCUCGGAGUCCUGGAGCUCUGUAUCCUAAUGAGAUUUUGCUUUCUUGCCUUUUGGUGGUGGACCGAGAAAGUGUGUGGGAGACCAGUUUGCUCUAAUGGAAUCUACAAUUGCUUUGGUCAUGUUGCUUCAGAAGUUUGAUGUUGAAUUGAAAGGUUCGCUAGAUGCAGUGGAACUUGUGACAGGGGCAACAAUUCACACCAAGAAUGGACUUUGGUGCAAAC